AUGCCCGGUGCCUCCGCUGACGUACAGAGCGUGGUGGUGGACGUUGGCACUCGCAACACUCGCGUCGGCUUCAGUGGGGAGGAGGCACCCCGUACAAUACUCCGCAGCUGCGUAGGGCUCCCUUGCACGAAGCGACCGCGCCCAACGCUCCUCCAGCACCCAUUUGACAUUGUAGCCGGUGAUGCAGCCUACCAGGACGGCGGCCUGCUGGCGCUCACGUUUCCCGUGAGGACGGGUCACGUGCAUGACUACGAUGCACUCGAGAAGCUUCUGUUCUAUGCACUUGUGGAGGAGGCCCGCGUCCCACCCGAUGCAUCGCCGUUUCUCUUUCUUGAGCCUGCUGAUCACUCACGACUUGACCGAGAGCGCCUCUGCGAGCUGCUGUUCGAAUCCUUCAACAUUCCUCUCGCAGGGUUGCUGACGAACACGGCGGCCACGCUCUACUCGAGUGGGCGCACGAGCGGCUUGGCGCUUGACAGCGGCGCCGGCCGCACCUGCGUUGCCGCAGUAGAGGAGGGUUACACCUUAGCACACUCGGUGAGGUCGUCCUCGAUUGCUGGCGAGGCGCUGACCGACGAGCUGUUCGCCGCGCUGCGAGCAGAUGGGUACCCGCUCUCCACCGCCGCCGACCGCGACAUUGUGGAAGCUGCGAAGGAAGCGCUGUGUCGUGUCUCCGCCGACGCGAAGGACGAGGAAGCCCGGCAGGUUGGCACGCACGACCACCCAGACCCCGCUGAUGGGUUCGUCCUGCCCGAUCAAGAGCGUCUUUUCUUGCUCGAGCACGCCUACAAAGUUCCUGAGGCGCUGUUCGACGACACGUACCUCACCUACACCACCGACACCUCGGCAGGGAUACCCACCACCCCAACAGGGUACUCGCAGAGCAACCAUGUAGUGAAGAAGACGUUAGGUGGGUGGGUAGGCAUGCUACGCGAUGCCGCCGCCACCGCCCCGCGGUUCCUUGAGCAAACCCUUUACGAGAACGUCGUUCUUGGCGGCGGCAAUACGCUUUUCCGUGGCACGGAGCAGCGCCUCCAGCGAGAGAUUGCCGCCGUCGCGCCUACAGGGGCGCAGGCCACCUGCGUCGCGUUCCCAGAACGUGGGGCGGCGGCGUGGGUGGGGGCGUCUAUCUGGGGCUGCAGCAGCGUCUUUCCUGACACGUGCCUCGCCAAGGCCACGUACGACGAGCAGGGGAGCAGCGUGGUGCAUCUUUACACACAGUAG